AGAGCAGCAAGUCUAUCUGGUGAUGUUGAUUUGACUCGAUCUAGUCAGAUUUAUAAUCUGUUAUAUCAACGAGAACCAGGCGUACAGUUAUUAUACGUCACUCCAGAAAAGAUUGUAGCCAGUGAUAAGUUAUUGAGCUGUUUUCAACAUCUGUAUAAUCGUAAAGUUUUAGAUAGAUUUGUUAUAGAUGAGGCACAUUGUGUUAGUCAGGUUUAUGCAGAGUUUUUAUCAUGGCAAUUUUGGGGUUUUUAUAAGUUUAUGCAGAGUUUUAAUCGUGGUAAUUUGAAGUAUUAUAUUAGAAUGAAGAAACCGAAGAAUGCUGUAAAAGACGUGUAUGAUGUAAUCAAGUCAAAGUUUAAUGGUGAUAUUGGAGUGAUAUAUUGCUUAUCAAGAAAGGAAUGUGAUACAACUGCUAGUGAACUACAGAGACAAGGUAUACAGGCUGUAUCUUACCAUGCUGGUCUCUCUGAUUCAGAACGUUAUAGUAUACAGGAACAAUGGUUAUAUGGUGAUAAAAAG